AUGACAUCCUCUAGUGCUGUGGAAGAUGAACGUCUAACUGAUCUCAGUUCGGAUCUCAGUGAUGAGGAACACGCUGUUGAGCAGCCGGAAGAGCUUCGUGCUGUAACACCGCGCCCUGUCUACAGUGAUGAGCAACUGCAUCAACUGGUGGAAUAUAUACAACGGAUGACCCUGCUCUAUGCCUUAAAUCAACGAGAUUGGCAUGAGAAGGCAUUGGAUAUCAUACGCCGUUGGCUUCUGGAGGUCAAUGAGCCCUUGCUAACAAUAUCGUAUGGACAGGAUAAACUUUUAACUGCCUGUUUGGGCCUUCCAUCUGGCCAUGUAAUGGACCUAUCCUACUUUCGUCGCGAUGAACCAAAUCUGAUAUUCAAAGUUGAGGGAUUUCACGAUGAGAUCAAUUUCGGUACCAUUCACAGCGAUGUCGACGGUUGCCUGGCAAAUGUGUUGGAAAAUAUCUACAUGCCAUUUUUUCGUAACUUUUCCGAAUGGAAUUCCAGUGUCCGUUUGCGUUUCUGUUCUAGCUUGGAUAGAUUUUUGGCUUUUCUCACUGGAGUGCAUUGUAAAAUUGGUGGAAUGACUGUUCUCUAUGUGCCCUAUGUGAUGAAGCAACUGAUUGGUGAUGGCCAGGAACUUGUUAGGCCAGAUAGACAGCUCGUUAAGAGUCUGGAAGCCAUUGCCGUCUUUUGGUCCACUCAAAUACGCACACUAUUGGGCGAUCGUUCGCUUACAGUGCCUCAAGAUUUGACAACGGUGCAGGAUGAAUUCGAUUUCUGGAAAUAUCGAUAUGAGGUCCUGCAGGGCAUCAAUACCCAACUUACCCAUCCGGAUGUUAGGAGAAUUUUAAAGGUUUUAAGACAAUCGCACUCUGUACACAUGCCACAAAUUGAGGAACUGAUUGAAUCAGCCAAUCGGGAGCUCUUGCAAUCUUUGUCUAAUAUUAAAUAUCUUCACCUACUCAUCGAAGCUUGCGAGAAAAUUGAUUUGGCUCCAAGUCCCAAUGAGUUGCCCAAAUUAUUGCCUCGCAUUAUUCACUUGAUACGCUUCAUUUGGCUUAAUUCCGAGUAUUAUACUUCAGAUGACCUAAUAACUGGCCUCUUUCGCAAUUUGAGCAAUCAAAUUAUCAGUUAUUGCACAGAUAAGGCUAAAAUUGAGGACAUACUCAUGGGCCAGCCGAGAUUCGGUUUGAAAAUCUGCAAUGUUAGCAUUGAUUGCUGUUUGAUCUACAAGAAAAUUCUGGAGGAAAUGUCCAAGGAUGUGCAAUGGCAGCUGGAUAUGGGUAUUAUAUUUAAUCACAUCGAUGCCUUUGUGGAGCGUUUGAAUGAUGUCUCUGAUAUAUGUGAGUCAAUGAUAGUUUUCGGUCGUCUUGAUGAGUUCGAUGAAAUACCCAAGCCUCAGUUUGGUGGCAGCCGAGGCGACGAAUUGGCCCAAACCGCCGAUGCAGUGGAGCAAAAGUUUCUUCUUAUACUCAAACAAUUGCAGCAUUUAGAGGGCUCUAGCAGCUCACCAUCGAUUAUUUUGAAUGUGCAUUGUGAGGAAUGGUACGAUCGGGUGGCUGAUUAUAGGAAAAGUAUACAAAAUUUAGAGGAGACUAUCCAACGUUUGAUUUACAAUGUCUUCCAGCGGGUUUGCAAUGUGGAAGAGGCAUUGGAGGCCCUGCAAACAAUGAUCUAUUAUUCGUAUCGUCAUCGGGGUACAUUGAGGAAAACCUAUUUACGUCAAGUCAGUUUGGUGUGGCAAAUGUUUUCCGAUGAAAUGGAUUUUACCGUGCGACAUCUUCUGGAGCAGAAUCAGCAUGAAGAGUCUUGGCUCUUAUCGAAAUAUGUGUCGAGAGCAUUAAACUAUCGUCUUAAUCUUGAGCGUCUAAGUUGGCUAAAAGAUCGCCUUAAAAAUGCCGAGUGGUUGCCCGCUGUUAAAGAAGCCAUUCCAAUAAUUUCGAAAUUUGAGUUACUUAAAAAGGAAUUCAAUCGAGCUGUGCGUCAAUCGUACGAAGAUUGGCAAAAUAAUUCAUCGGCAAGUAUAUUGGAUUUGUCACAGAGAUUGGAGCGUUAUCUAUUGAUAAAGCCGACAACUGGCAAGGGUAAAUGCUUGCUGCAAUGCAAUAUCGAUCCAGUUUUCAUGGAACUGUGUGAUCAGGCGCAUCAUUUCGAGAGAUUCGGUUUCGCCAUACCAGCACAGUUGAAGAAACUCUAUGAACGUGCCGAUUACCUGAGAUGGCUAUAUAAUAGUCUACUCACCUUAUGUCUGAAUUAUAAUCAUAUCAUACUUUUACUCACCGAAAGAGAACGUAAAUUGUUUCGUCCUUUGAUACAAGAAUGCGAUCGUCAGUUGGCUCCUUGUCAAUUUAAGCUCACCUAUAACUCUGAACUAUCGGAUGAUUUCUUUGAAGAAAGUCUGGAUUAUAUAGAAAAUGUACGUGAUAUUUGUUAUAUCUAUAAGCGAGCAAAUCGUGAGAUUAAAAAACUUUGCGAGCAAAUUUGCGAUCUUUCCAUGUUGCAUAUCAAUUUUACGGGAGCUCUGGACAUUGCUGUCUUUGAGGAGCAUUUGUUUAGUGGACUGAAUAAAUCUAGUGAAUCGCUUACUGAUUAUUAUAAUCAUAUUGUGGAACUCUUGUUUGCUGUCAGUAGGCAAUUUCAGAGCAUACGAGAUGAGAUGUCCUUGGAAUGGUUUAACUAUGUAAAUAUUCUUGAUGAUAUGCUUGCCACUGCCUUUAUGACUAGUUCACGUUGUUCGCUAUCGAAGAUUUUCGAUUUGCUUCAUUGUGACCCAAAUAUGGCACCAGCAUCGGUUUUGGUCAUGGAAUCGGAUGUCAAAGACGGAGAUAUUGUUUUCAAUCCUACCAUGUCUGAUGUUGGAAAUCUCUUCAAUGGGAUUAUAGACCGCAUACAGAAUAUAAUCGAUCAGUUUCCACGUUUGGGCUGUAAAUUGAAAUUGCCUAAUGAGGAACAGCGUCCGGGUUUUGCCAAGGUAUUUCGUGAGGAUCAGGAAUGCAAGGAUUUGGUGCAAGGCAUUGAGGGGGCAAUCAAACAACAAUCUGAGGAAAUUACAAAAUAUGUAACAAAAUGGAAUCAACAUUCCGAGCUAUGGAAAACAUCGGAACCUAAGUUUAUUGAAACUCUUAAAGCGAGUCCAAGGACUGCUCAAAUAUUUGAGGGCAAAAUUGAGCAUUAUAGUUCAAGGGCCGAUGAUAUAUCCUUUGUGGAUGCCAUUACAAAUGUGAACUUUAUUCUAAUCAAUCAGAAUGCCCUAAAGAGUUCCAUACUGGAUUGGAUUGAGAAAUGGCAGGCAUUGAAUAUAAAAAUAUUACUCGAACAUAGCUCCAAUUGGAUGAGAGCCGUUUAUCGCUAUAUGCGACGGAAUGAGAGGCAAGUGAUGCAAGUUCCUCGUACUCAGCGUGAAACUAUUCAGGCAAAGUCCUUCUACGAGCGCCUCGUUAAGGAUGUGCCCAUAAAACAGGCCUCCUUUAGUCCCCUGCUUGAUCUGUUCGUCCUUCUGCAUAAGUAUCAAGUGGAGUUGUCAGAGAAGACUCGUUUACAGGUCUCCAGCCUGGAAUCCACUUGGUUGCAUUAUAUACAAACUCUGAUAGAGGCCGAUGGCAUGCUCGACAUGGAGAGUGAUGAAUUUAAAUUGGAAUUGACUAAACAAAUGGAUAAAUUUAAGCAUAUUCUUAAAGAAUUUCAAGAAGACUAUUACGCUAAAGUGCCCAAUAAAUAGGCCAUCAAUUGUGGUUAAUCCUAAUUAAUCGCAAUCGGCAAGUGAGUUGAAGUUAAUUGUCCUCGUGGUCAUCAGCUCUGUGGGAUUAAUGCGGCAAAAACAAUUACAUAUAAAAUAUAAUUUUAAAAAUGAUUACCAACCACAGAGUAUUGGAGAAAAUAACUCUUUAUUAUUAGAGUUAUGGGCUUCAUUCAAACAAAUAAUUAUUAAUAUUUAUUAAGUACAAAGAUGUAAUUUUAUCAUUUAAUAACAAAAUAAAAUUUCGUUUCGCUUUAAUUACUAGUUACCAUCUGUAAGAAAGUUGUUCUCAAAUCUUAGUUAACAUCUUUACAAAAAGCGAGUGUACAGCGGAGGGAAAAUAGUUGUUUUACCAUGACCAAGUGACGCUACAAACUAAUGUGGCUAAUUAGGGAUUUUACCUGGAGAUUUGACACUGCAGAUCUAAUUACACUUACAUAUUAAAUGCCUCACCUAGUCCAUCGACUAGGUGGAGACCUACUAAAUCUUCAAUUCUGUUGUUCCCGAGUUCGAACCCCGACGUAGGUAGGUUCAAGCAAGGUAGUUCCGUUGGGGAUAAUGGAAAAGAUUGCCGUUAACGAAUACUUUUUCAAUAUAUUAAAUGCCUGAAACAAUCUGCUACAUCUUAAGGAUAGGAAUGGGCAUGGGCAAUUAGGGAUUUCAUCCGGAAAGUGCCUUCGUCGAA